GAACCCAAAAUGGUUCUUCUAUGGCACCGCUGUGAAACCUUUUAGAAUUUUUAUAUUUAAGUGUAUACAGUAUAAAUAGAAGACUUUUUAAUUAUAUUAAUUAAUAAAAAAUAAUUAUUAUUGACAUCUAGUCAGUGAACUACCGUAGUUGUAAGUUGUUUACCGAAAGCAAUAAACAUACAUUUUUCAGUCAUUAAAAAAUGUACGUUUAACUUAAAUAUUGUUAAUUAAUGUUUGUCUGAUCAGGCAUAAGAGUUGAUUUUAUGAAACCAAUGAGAAUCUUGAACAAUUCUAUAUUGUUAAGGAAUUAUAUAUGAUCAUUAUACAAUGAGCAUUGCCUUUAUUUGUUACAUAAAUAGAAAACGUUAGGUAAUAUAAUCCACAAAGCGUGAGAAAGUCAUUGAGCAACUAUGAAUUGUUUGUUUCAUUAGGCAUGUGAUGUACUUAUUAUGGAGUUUAUUCUGAAAAUAGCUCUGGGUUUGUAAUCCUCGAGCUCCUCCCCAGGCUGCCUCCAGUGGGAUAAAACCUGCAGGUGUCAGACCAUCUAGAAGCUCACCGCAUCUCCAGGAUGUUUCCUCUACAGUUCCUCUACAACUUCUUUUACAUCGCUGUGGUCACAGACACUGAAGAAAAGAAGAAGAAAGUGGUCCAGUAUGACACCUCCAUGUACAAAAGAGGAGAUCUCCUAGAGGUCCCUCGAACUCUCUUUACGCAUUUCGGAAUCUAUCUGGGGAACAACCGUGUGGCUCACCUCAUUCCUGAUAUCCUGCCGGUCUUGACCACUGACGAGAAGGCCAUUGAGAAAAUGGUGACUAACAACCGGCUGAUUUUGGGUGUGAUAGCAAAAAAAGCAAGUGUCCGGGUGGACUCCUUGGAGGACUUUGCAUAUGGAGCAGAAAUUCUGGUCAACCACAUGGACAAGGUUUGCAGUCGGUCUCCGUUCGAGGGUGAGGAGGUCGCUCGGAGAGCCGAGAAGCUCUUGGGCUCCGUGGUUUACAGUCUGCUUUGGUACAACUGCGAGCAUUACGUCAUGUACUGCAGAUAUGGCACCAGCAUGAGCUUUCAGACCUACCAGUUCUGCAAAGUGGUACGCAAGAUUGUGUGCAGCAAGAGAAGUUGUCUUUUAAGCUUUUUGUUAUGCUUGUUCAUCAUGUUUUAUAUGGGGUCUGUGUCCAUCUUUGGAAUUGUAUCCACGUUUAUAAUCCCCUCCACUAUUUGGAUGGCAUCCUGAAAAUUAUUUAUUUUAUUUUAUUUUAUUUUUUCAUCAAUGAGUUCAAAAUAUUGUUUUAUUAACCUGGGGCACCUAUUGGACCACUGUAAAAAAUUGGUCCACUGUAAUAAAAAACAAAAAAUACAAAGAAAUAUACUAUAUAUAUAUAUAUAUAUAGCAUAUAAGCAUAUAAGAAUGUGAUCUUUCCAUUACUGUCAUGUUAAGAUGCAUCAGAUAAUUUAUUUUCUUACUGUUUGUUGUGAAGCAAAAUAAUAAAUAUUAAUGUAUAUAUGAAACUUACUGAUUAUCAUGUACUGUGCAUGUAUAUUUAUGCAAUACUCGAAGGUUCUUUAAUGAAUUCCAUGGUAUAUUUUGUAAAACCAUGGUUUGUUAGUCAGUCUAAAAAUAAAUAAAAAUGCCAUUUAA